CUUGAGGUUCCUGAGAUAUAUCAGCACCACCCAGGUUAUCAAGAGAGAAGUAGGAAGAUACUGGAAUGGGUGAAAAGAAUAAAUAUGAAGGGUUUCACUGUUUAAGCUUUCCUCUAUCUAUAUAAAGUCCAAAUCUUAGCAGAAGACUCUCAUAGGCACUGAUAAAUGUGCUAGAAUGGCUUUGCCUGGACAGACCUAGAGUAUAGCAAAAGGAAGGAAGAUACAGCAUUAAAUAGGCUCCACCUAAUAUUUUUAUUUUUAAAUAUUAGAUUAUGGCAAAAAUUAGUUCAAUAGUAGGACUGGGCAAGAAAAGAAGAAAAAAGAAAGGAGAAGAAAGAAGAAAACAGUUUGCAGUCAUGGUUUCCAAUGCAGCAAAGCAAAGAACCUCAAAACAUCCUUUGCACCUGGAGAGGUCAUUUGUUUCCAAUGUGACUAGAGUUGCUGCUUGACUCAUGGAACAUGGUGAUGGCAGUGAGAGUGUGAGCAAAUACUGUUGCUCAUUAAGAUUGCAUGCAAUCACAUGAGCACAGACAGCCUGGCUACUGACUCCAGCCCUGCAAAGAAGCCCUGGUCUGUCUGUCUUGAUGACAGGUUUGGCUUAGCUCAUCAAAUCCGCAACAAGCAGUGUCGCCUCUACUCUUUAGGGCUGGGAAGUGAUGAUAAUCAUUUUGAGGUCAGCAUGGCCAACAGUGGAUGUGAAGUGCAUCGUUUUGACCCUAGUGUCAAAUCAGCUCACAUUUUGGAAAGCCAGCGUCUUUGGUAUCACCGCCUGUGCAUUGACUGGAGGGAUCCCCAUCCAGCUGUUGCUGCCCACAAGCCACAGAGCAACACCAGAAAACUGGGAACCAUUCUGAAUGAAUUUGGGCAUCACAAGAUUGAUGUUCUCAAAGCAGAUCUGGAAAGUGCAGAGUGGAAAGUUUUAGAAAACCUUAUUCUGGAAGAUGUCCUUGAACAGAUUGGACAGCUCAUCUUUGACGUUCAUCUCCACUGGCCUGGGUUCGAGGUCAGUGGCAAUGACAGCAGUGUAGUGCGGUUCUGGUACAGCCUCCUCAAAGAGUUAGAACUAAAGGAUUUCAAACUUUUUCACAGUUACAAAGAUUUAUCUAAACCUCAGCUUUUCCUGAAGAAAGACCUUUUCAAUGCAAGUAGCUGUUAUACUCUGAGUUGGGUGAAUACAAGAUGGAAAUAGGCUGCAGGACCUCAUCAAGAACUCAAGGAAAUACUGCAGAAUGAAAUGUGACCAUGAUUCCAAUUAUGUUUACCUGUCCAUCCCCUACUACCCCUGCUGGAGGUGGGGAUGGUGUUACUACUUUGUGAGACAUGUAGACUGGUGCCUGCCAUGUGGUAGGGGCCAGUUAACACUUUUUGAAGGGAUGGACACAGGAAUGUGGCAGGUGUCAACCUCUGCUGCAGCCCAGGCGCUCUGCCUGGUGGCCUCAGACAGUGAGGAUGAUUAUCUUCCUUCUCUUUACUCCCAUGCUUACCCGUUUUUCCUAAAUUUCAUUAUGCUUCUGUAAUCCAGGAACUCAUCAACAUUAAAAAAAAAUUCUAUAUUUUUUCCAUUGCUCCUGGGUUGAUGAGAGUCUUAAGUUCGUAGGCUGCUGUUUAAAUUAGGGCCUUUUGUUUGACUUUAACUCACCUCUUUCAAGGUUUUCUCCUUGGCCUUUUCAAUAACAUUCUUGACAACCUUGUAGGUUUCAGCAAUUCCUUCUCAACCUUUGCUGAGGUCAUGCUCUGAUGCUGUGGCUUUAUUCAGGGAAUUCAAAUUCUGUUACUGAGUUUAAAAUAUUAGACAAUGAGAAACUUCUUAUGAAAAGAAAAGAUUCUUUUCAUAUUCAGUCCUGCAUUGCCUUCUGUUCCUAUAAAACUAAGCAUAAAGCAGAUUUUUGGUGUCUUUGUUGUUGCCUCUCUAAACUUCAACCUGAUUUAUCCACCACACAAUUGCCAAUGCUGUUAUUUUUUUUUAAUUUAAAAUGCAUUAUUUUGAAGAUUGAGUUUUUCUUUACUGACAGCUGGCAUUCCCUGUAAGUUUGGCCUGAGGGCCAGAGAUCAUCUGUCUUCCUUGAUAUGGUUAGUAGCAAUCCUUUUUACAUUUAAUUAAAAUUAAGCAGAAGAUGCAGGUUCUCAAUAGUUCAAAUAAUCAAUAUUUGCUUUCGAUGUCAAUAGGUACUUUGAAAAUAAAAAAGGUCUAUAAAAACCAUAAAGUGGUUUACAUUGCAUGGUGAAGUCGCCAAAACAAAGUAAACCUCAGACCAGUUCCUGUGUAGAUUAUAUCACAGAUUUUCUCUUACUUUUUAAUGAAAAUUGUAACAUUGAAAUAUAUACAAUAAAUCUUUGUAUGCAUUAAACCUUUUAAAUCUCCUUAUGCACUAAAGUACAAAGCAUAUUAAUUUUAAGUAUUCUAUUUGAUUAGUUUUUAAAUAUACACAUACCCAUAUCAAGAUUUUAACUCAUGGAACUGAAGACUGAUGGUCUUACUGAAAGUCUCCUUUGUACAGGACAAGUUACCAUUUACUCCAGAUUGUUGAUGCAGAACAUUUCAUUUAAUCAUUUUAUACACACACACACACACACACACACACACACAUCUUUGAAGCAGAAAUGGGUGUACUGUCAAAAAAAAAAGACAAACUCAAAAUAAUCACCAACGCACCCACCCACAUCCACCUACUAAGCAGCCUGUUCAAUAGCUGUUUGUACUUAUUUUUGCUUAUUUCUGAGACUGUCCUUUACCCCUUUCAUGGAUAGCUUGAAAUUUGUGAUGAAUAUUCUGACUGUUGCUAUGGUUUCCCUGUCUCUAGAAUUUAUUAUGCUUAUUGUAU